ACCCGGCCUGCGGGGCCGGCGCCAGCGGGCUGCUGAGGUGGCUGUCGCCCGCUCGGAGCGGCGGCUUCCCGGGUCGAGCCCCCGAUGGAGGCCGGGGCCGCGAACGGCCCCUCGGGCGGGGUCGAGGAGGCGCUCAGCUGCUUCUCUUUCAACCAGGACUGCACAUCCCUCGCGAUUGGAACCAAAUCUGGUUAUAAGCUGUUUUCUUUGAGUUCUGUGGAGCAGCUGGGCCACGUCCACGGAAGCAAUGACAUCCCCGACGUCUGCAUCGUGGAGCGCCUCUUCUCCAGCAGCCUGGUGGUGGUGGUAAGCCACGCGAAGCCUCGCCAGAUGAACGUCUACCACUUCAAGAAGGGCACCGAGAUCUGCAGCUACAGCUACUCCAGUAACGUCUUGUCCAUCAGGCUGAACCGGCAGGUAAGGGGCUGGGGCCUCCCUCCGGGUCGCAAGGCUCCCGCCGCUGGGGACCAAGGAGAAAGAGGAGCAUCUCUCGGGGUGGUGAGGAGGCCGGCGGGCUGA